AUGGCGGAACAUAUGGAUCUAGAUACGGAGAAUUUGAGAGGUACCAAGAGAAAAGCCUCUGAGAUACCUCUGGAAGUUUCAGCUCCCCGAAGGAUUAGGGCUCUUGAUCCAGAUGUUGUCAACAAGAUCGCUGCUGGCGAGAUUAUCGUGGCGCCAGUGCACGCAUUGAAAGAACUUAUAGAAAAUGCUGUUGAUGCCGGAUCUACUUCUCUCGAGGUUCUCGUCAAAGAGGGCGGAUUAAAGCUUUUGCAAAUCACAGAUAAUGGUCAUGGGAUUUCAAAAGAAGAUCUACCAAUUCUAUGCAAGCGGUUUACAACUUCAAAGCUCAAGGCUUUCGAGGACUUGACUUCUAUCGGUACCUAUGGAUUUCGCGGAGAAGCACUCGCUAGUAUCAGCCAUAUUGCUCAUCUUACUGUAACUACGAAGACGAAAGACUCUAGCUGUGCUUGGAGGGCACACUACGACAGCGGGAAUUUGAUUCCCGCAAAGCCUGGUCAAAGUGCGGAUCCGAAGCCCACGGCUGGGCGCCCAGGAACGCAAAUCACCGUGGAAGACCUCUUUUACAACGUCCCCACCCGCCGACGUGCUUUCAGAUCAGCUUCAGAGGAGUACAACAAGAUCUUAGACGUUGUGGGGAGAUAUGCAAUUCACUGUGAUGGGGUUGCUUUCAGCUGUAAGAAACACGGCGAGGCCAGUACUACGAUAUCGACGCAGUCUAAUUCUUCGACUGUUGAUCGUAUUCGACAAAUCCAUGGAAGCUCAGUAGCAGCCGAAUUAAUCGAAUUUACAUCCUCCGACGAAACAUACGGAUAUCGGGCUCGAGGAUGGACAACGAAUGCUAACUAUCACGUCAAGAAGACUGUGUUGCUCCUGUUCAUCAACCACCGUUCUGUGGAUUCUACAAACAUUCGGAAAGCCAUCGAACAGACAUAUUCAAACUUUUUACCCAAGGGAGGACAUCCCUUCACAUACCUCAGCCUCGACAUCGACCCUCAACGAGUAGACGUCAACGUCCACCCAACAAAAAACGAAGUCAACUUCCUGAACGAAGACGAGAUAAUCGAAAAGAUAUGCGGCGACAUCCGCGUAAAACUCGCAAACGUCGAUACAAGCCGUACUUUCAUGACCCAGACCCUCCUCCCCGGUGCUCACAUACCUCUAAUAUCAGCAGACUCAACCGGCAGCGAUGUCCCAAGCAAGUCAAACAGUACCCCCAAACCUAAACCCUACGAAAAUAACCUCGUCCGCACUGACGCCAAAGUCCGCAAAAUAACCAGCAUGCUCCCACCAAGCGCUCCCCGCGGUAGCGAAACCCCUCUACCACCAAACACGCACCCCUCAGACCUUGAGUACCAACAAUCUGACCGCGAUCCUAUCAACUGCCGUCUCAUGACCGUCAAAGACCUGCGCGCCGAAGUCCGCGACGAGAUGCACAACGACCUCACCGAGAUUUUUGCCUCCCACACCUUUGUAGGCGUCGUCGACGAACGCAGACGCUUAGCUGCUAUCCAAGGAGGCGUACGACUAUUCCUCGUGGAUUACGGCAUGGUGGCCAACGAAUACUUCUACCAAGUAGGCCUCACGGACUUCGGAAACUUUGGUGUCAUCCGCUUCGAAACCCCUCUCAACCUCCGCGAACUCCUCGGCCUGGCAGCAGAGCACGAGAAAGCCUCUCCUACUCCGACAAACACGGAAGAUGAUUUCGAGGUCCAGGAUGCAGUUGAUCUCGUCUCCGAGCAGCUGAUAGAGCGUCGAGACAUGCUGCUAGAAUACUUCUCCUUUGAGAUAUCCCCCGAAGGCGACAUAAUCUCCAUUCCGCUCCUCCUCAAAGGCUACACUCCCUCCCUCGCCAAACUCCCACGUUUCCUGCUCCGUCUCGGGCCGCAUGUCAACUGGAGCAGCGAGAAAGACUGCUUUGAGACCUUUCUCCGUGAACUGGCUUCUUUCUACGUGCCUGAGCAACUACCUCCUAGCGGUGGUCCUGAGGAUUCUGAGGAGGGUGUGGAUGAGGAGCUUAAGAGUAGGAGGGCGGAGGUGGUGAAGGUCGUUGAAGACAUACUAUUUCCAGCAUUUAGGGCGCGACUGGUUGCAACAAGGUCGUUGGGCAAGGGUGCUGUUGUUGAGAUUGCGAAUUUGAAGGGCUUGUACAGGGUGUUCGAACGAUGCUAG